AUUCUCGAAACAUCUCCAUUGUUCCACUACAUACAUAGUAUAUAAUCUUUCUCCAUAAUCUCGUAUUCCCAUUCACCAGCACCCACCAACCCACCAUGCAAUCUCUCCUCCGAUGGGGUAUCGAAAACUCUACACCUCAGAACACCAACACCAACACCACCGCCACCAACAACACCGCCAACGCGCCACCCUCACGACGCCCAGACCUCAACCCCGAGAUCAUCGACCUGCUCCUCGGCAAGAGCGAUGCAGUGCUAAUGAAAGAAGCCAUGGCUAUCGCUGUAGACGAAGGCAACACCGAGGAAGACAGAGUGUCUGCGUUGGAUAAUUUGGAAAUGCUCAUCGAGCAAAUCGAUAACGCGAAUAAUCUAUCAAACCUCAAAAUGUGGGAACCUCUCCACGCUCUCCUAACCUCUUCCCCCGACAGCGUCACGGUACAAGCGCUCUGGGUCAUCGGAACGGCGCUGCAGAAUAAUCCUUCUGCGCAGGAUGCAUACCUCAAACUAAACCCCCUCCCAACACUCACCUCCUUCCUCUCCCCACCACCACCACCACAAUCCACCACCCCCGAUUCCAAUUCCAAUUCCCCAUCCCCCAAUUUCACACCCCCCAAAUCCCCCAAAUCCAAAUCCAAUUCCAAACCCCCACCCCCAUCAAAACCCCUCCGCUCCAAAGCCAUAUACGCGCUCUCCGGUUUACUCAAACACAACGCUCCCGCGUUGCUCCAGUUAGACGUCAACGAUGCACACGGGUGCGAUGGCUGGGAUAGACUAUGUCUGGCUCUCCAAGAUCCAGAUAUCACAAUCCGUCGAAAAACCCUCUUCCUGCUUAACGCUCUUCUUAUCCCUUCCCCCGACCCAUCCCCUUCCCCUUCCCCUUCCCUCGGAAACCUCCACACCCCCUCCCAAAACUCCCAAACCCAAAAUCUCCACACCCCCGCCCCCGCUCCCGUCCACCCCAUCCACCCCAACUCCCACUCCAUCCACCUCUCCGACCCCGCCCGCGUCUCCACCUCCGCUCCCACAUACCAAGCUCUCCACACACACGGGAUCAUCGAUACCCUCAUCGUGGGGCUCACGCGUUCCUUGCCGUAUGGCGGGGACGGGGAUACUGGGGAUACUAAGGAAGAGGUGGAUGGGGAGUUUGAGGAGAUGGGUGUUGGGUGAGUGUUGUUUCUUCGUCUGUUUUUGUCUUUCUUUGUUGAU